CACUGCAGUGAAUGUUUUGUUGGGCUGCUGAAAAAAGCUUGCGUAUUUAUCAACUAGGACACGAACAAAUUGCCUGUUUGAGAUAAUUCUGUAAAGUGUUAAAAGUUGCAGAUCAUCAAUUUGAUGGAUUUGUGCAAACUACAGUAGUUUGCAAGAGCAGUUAAGAUUGUUUACCUACUUUACGAUUAUCCAGAAGAAGACUGCAACGCAACGAAACAGAAGUCCCCAGAACUUCGAACAAAAAGCUGCAUCCGGAUUGCGGUAUUGCCUUGCAUUAGCCCUCAACACAGUGUGGUCCGUAGUCAGGAACAUACGAACCCGCCCACAAUUCGCUGGGUACUGCGGCGUAGUUGAUGAGUACUAUCAAAUAUUGGCUUCUGGUAGCGUUCCGGCUGUUUACGCAUUUUUUCAUUUGACAAUUUAACCGCAUCGGGCAGCUAACGUUAGCCAGCGCUACGUCCGCAACCAGCGGCACAAGCUUCUCGCGCACCGCAUCACCCAUCGGGAAUUGCAACUAUUCUCUUGCUUCGAAUCUCACCGAGGUGGUGGUGUGUGAAUCACAACAAUUAUUGCAGACGCAUCUGCAACAACAAAAUAGUAGCGCUAGCAAUAGUCAGGGCAGUGUCGUUGUUUGCGACAGAAGUAGCAAAUUGAAUAGCGCCACCAUGUUGGAUCUUGAUCGUCAUCCGCUACCGGAUCAGCUCGGGUAUCUGAUCCUGUCCGAGGAUGGGUCUGUACAUGCUUCCGGCGGUGAGCUGGAAAACGACGAGCGUAGUGCAAAUAUAAUAAGCAAUCUUCUCACACUCACCGAAAGUGUUGAUCCAGCCAUAUUCUAUGCACGCUCUUGCAGGAAAGUUUCGAUCGUUUUCGCUGACCACAGUUUCACUAUAUGCCUUUCGAACAAACGUAUUUACGUCGUAAAGAAACGAAAUCGCACAGAUGCAACCACUAACAGUGGCAUCGAGUCGGAUAAUCAUUCAAUACUAGCUUGAUUUUACGCGCGUUUUUCGGAGUAAAAUAAAUAUUUGAACGCCUUUGAGAAAGGGUUUAC